UUCAGACCACAUGCACAGUGUCCAGCGCGCAGAAUGCCGUCUCCGAUCCCCAUAACGCGCCUGCUACCUAAAGACUUUUAUCCCUCCCUGGAUAUCGGGAUCUGCAGCAGCCCGCUUAACAAACACCUCCACGGCUCCACAUUACAAGUCCCCCCAUCUCGGUUCCACACAAGAGCCGCUAGUCGGCUCUGGUCCUCUGUGAUCCACUGGAAGGAGCUGCACUCUGCACAGCCUGUUGGCUCUGGAGGAUUCGGCUCUGUCUACAGGGCUCAAUAUUUCGGGGAAACUGUUGCUCUCAAGAAGGUGAACAAGUGCAGUAAGAACAAGCUGGCGUCCAGGCAGAGCUUCUGGGCUGAGCUAAACGCAGCACACCUGCGCCACAGGAACAUUGUUCGCGUCAUCGCUGCGACCACAUGCGUACCGGAGGAUUUUGGAGAUGGCGGCAGCAUUGGUACGAUAAUCAUGGAGUUUGUUGGGAAUAAAAAUCUCCAACAGAUCAUUAACGACAACGCUGAACCCCUGAAGGAGGACCGCUGGCUCAGGUACUCCACGGACAUAGCGCACGGUUUACGAUUCCUUCACUCUCACAGCGUUGUCCAUCUGGACAUAAAACCAGCCAACGUGCUCGUUUCCAGCGAGGAUGUCUGCAAAAUAGCUGAUUUUGGUUGUUCUUUAAAACUGGACCAUGGGUGCGAGGUGAGCACCUUGAGCCCUCAUUUGAGCCACGUCGGCGGGACGUACACGCACAGAGCCCCGGAGCUGCUGAGAGGUGAGGGGGUGUCUCAUAAAGCAGAUAUCUUCUCUUUCGGGAUUACCUUAUGGCAGCUGAUCACAAGAGAACAACCUUACAGCGGGGAAAGGCAGCACGUGCUUUACGCAGUUGUGGCGCACAACCUGAGGCCGUGUGUCCAGUCCCACCCGGCGUUCCAGUCCGACCUGGGUCAGCUGUGCAAGCGGCUGCUGACCCGGUCCUGGAGCGCAGAUGGAAGAUGUAGACCGUCUGCUGAGGAGCUGCUGCCUCAGCUGGAGCAGCUGCGCUCCAAUCUGUGACUUCAUUUUCUAACAAGAGCGGUGGGAUUGAUUGAACGGACAAGUUUUAGGACCAUUUUAGCACUGUACCUCCACCUGUGCCAUUUUGAGGACGUGUUUUUAAACAGGAUUCAUCCUGCUUUGGAGAAAGUAUACCUUUUAAUGAAACUCUGAUUACUGUUAUUCAUAUUUAGUUCCAAGCAAAUCUUAAAGUCAAACCUGUUUGGAAAUUGUUUUCUAGUGCCUUCACCACUACAUGCACCCUUGUUGCACAAUAGUUAAAUCCCAUAUGCGGGAAAGUUUUAGUCAUUUUGAGGCCCUUUCCCCUUUGCUGAAGGCAUUUACAGAUUGUGAACUGAAUAUUUUAAAGUGUUGCUUUUUUAACAAAUCCAGAUAACUAAAGAAAACCCUCUAAUUUUAACCACAAAUAGGCAACAGCACUAAGCCAGCACUUAAAAGAGCAUUAAAGUCAAACUUACCCCAUCUAAAUAUUUCAACAUGUCUCUAGUGCCUGGUGGAAUUUCUAAGAAAAUGUGCUCUCAGCAUCCAUUCUUUACAUUCUUAUUGUAAGCCUUUUUACCACACAGUAAUCCACCAAAAUAUUUUAAUACAGCUAUGAAGAUUUACCGAACUGCAGCUUGUUUGAUAUAACAGCAUGUUGGGGCUUUUAAUUAAUCAAAUCGAUUUUGGUAGAACUUUAUUUACCCUCUGCCCUCUAAUACUCUAUUCCAACUGGUGGGCAGGGGGCAAAGCUUCCUAUCAAGCCCCCAAAAGAUGACUGAAUUCAGAAAAAGUCCAGAGACUUAAAGAUUUUGUGUUUUUUAGGUAAUGUUUUCCUCUUUAAGUCUCCACAGCUGUCAAAUAACUCCUCCAAAAAGAUCACUGUUCCUGAUCGUUUUUAUCAAGAAUAACAGAGCAUUUGAUCUGUUCGACAGAAAUCCACCUGUUAGCCGUUAUUAGGAAGUAAAUGCACGAUUAACACACUCUCAGCAUUUCAGACCUUAUUAAAUCUGCCGUUUUCUGUAUCAGCUUUCCACUUAAAAUGUAUUUUUUCUGCCUGAGAAUUGAAACAAAAGGCCUCUAAGCUGUACAUGUGUGUAAGCAAUCAUGACACAGCAUAUUAGUAUCAAACCUUCUGAUGGACAACAUGUGAGGCCCAGAUAUGGAGUCUUUAUGGGUGGCUGCAGUCAGGACAAAAGCUAGCCUUGAUGCUAAUGUAGUGGAUGACCCUUACUCUGUUCUCAGCCAGAGAUGGGCAACUUUGAUUACGUGGAGGCCACAUUAAUUUUGUUCUCAAUGCCAAAGGGCCCAAUUGUGACGGUAUUUAUACUUUUAAACUCAAGUGUGAAUAUUAAUGGUUGAUUUAAUGAGCUAAACAAAUAUCUAAAUAGAAUUGAAGCUACUUUUUCAAUGCAGUGAACAUGAUUGUUAUAGUUGGUUCCCAACCCUUUCCCUGCAGGCCCCCCCCUACUUGUAUCUAAGAAAAGCUAAGCCCCACCCCCCAGGACCCACUUGGAAAAAUUAAACAUAAAUUUUAAUUGUUUUCAUUGAGAAAAUUACAGCGUAACUCACCUGCAUGUUCUUUUUCGAGCCAAAAUAUGUUUGUAAACUAUCCAUCAAUAUGAUGGUAAAUUAGGGCCACUCUAAGAAUUUAAGAAAGAAGAGGAUCUGUUCAUUUGAGGGGAAAAAUUCAUAAAUUAACAAGGAAAAAAACUUUUUCCAUAAAAGUUAGGAAUUUACAUGGACCAAAACUGUAGAAUUUAUGAGAUUAUAAAGUCAAAAACAGCAGAUUGCAGCAGUUUUCCUUGCAAAAGUCCUGCAGUUAAAAGAUAUGUCAUGCUCUGACUAAUCAGUAAGGAGAUAAUUGUGAUUUUUAGUACAUCAUCAUUACACUAUCAUUAUUAUCUGGACUUAGAGGAGACAUUUCUGUAAACUUGGCAUAUCUGACCACUGUUUUCAGUGUGGUCAGAUUUACAACAUUAAAGUGUAAAAAAAAUGUAUGACUUUAGGUAAAUUUGUGACUUUAAAAACUUAAAUGUUUUGAUUUUUUAAUGUCAAAAGUUACAACUUUUGAACUUGGAAAUUUUCUGUACUUUUCUCAUGGAUUUGUCUUUUUAAACUUAGAAAUCAUGAGUUUGGUUUCUUGUAAAUUCCCAUCUCAAGAAUUGCCAACUUUUUCCUAAAAAAAUGAACAGGUCCUCUUCAUGCCUUGUAUUUCUAAUCCUGAUUUUGAAAAUAUAUAAUAUCCACAUGUAAUUAUGACAGUGUCAGGGCCUAGCACCCCAGUUGCCUGGACCUAAGGUUGGGAGCCAAUGUCUUGAUGUAUUUAACUUGUGUGUCUCUCUGUACUCAUGUUGACAUGAUUUUUAGAUGUACAUCUCAUUAUUGGACAUCUUAAGGCCUCAGGCGUCUACCUCUGUCUAAUGAUAAGAACACCCAUGCCCACAUGUGAGCUAUUGCUGAUGAAGUGCCAACUUGUGUAGCUCUCAGCAGUAAAGCUGUGAUGCCUCAAUGUUGCUCGAUUUUAUUGUGCCAUCAAAGACUGGGCCCUAAAAAUGUCAUCCUGUUUUUGAGGGGAGUUUGGUGCAAAGUUCCUGGAACCAUGGUAAAGCUGCUACUAGGAGAGAAACUGUUUUUUUUUUGUUUUAAACAUGUCAGUCCUACAAUGUCAAAUCAAACUUCUUCAACUUAGACUGUUCAAGUUCUUACUCGGAUGCAACAAUUUAUUCAAUGGCUGAAUGUAAAGAUCUAUUUAUUUGUCAUGAUGAAAUUGUAAUAUGAGAUGUAAGUGUGAUAAGUUUUCAUUAAAAUUAUUUUUAUACAUCA